AAGCCUUCCGAAGUUAAAGAGAUUAUUGCUCACAUUCAAUCAAGUAACGGGCGUCGAACAGGACUCGUUUGAUGAUCUCAAAGCGCUUACCGAUGUCAAUUUGUCCUAUGACAAUCUGACAAGACUGCCGUACGGUCUUUUUGGGAAGAUGACAUCGCUGCAGGAAUUCGAUUUAAGAGGGAAUCUUUGGAAUUGCAGCUGUGAGGUGAUGUGGCUUGUGCAGUGGAUGCGUGGCAACAUGCGGAGUGAUACAAGAGAACUCUGCGGUAAAUGCGUCAACCCGAAAUCUGAGAGAGGGAAGUUCCUCUGCGACAUAGUCCCAGAAGAAAUCAACUGCUCCGUGCCUCGGAUUGCUAAACCAGUAGACACCGUAAACGUUUCAGUAGGGGACAGUGCUGCUCUGAAAUGCAAGGCGGGCCAGGAAACUGCUAUCAGCUGGAUAACUCCCAACGGUACCACGAUUCGACACGGAUCCUUCCGCGUCAAGGUCAAAGUUUACAAUGAUGGCACCAACACGCUAAACAUUACCAGAGUGACACUGACAGACGCCGGAGUCUACCGAUGCGUGGCCAAAAACACUGUAGGGAGUGACAGCUAUGCCACCAUAUUGAACGUCACUGGUAGUGUCUUGCCUACCUACAUUGCAACAGAAGUCCCAGUAUUAGAGGAACCGGCUCAAACCGAAGACACGUUCGAUGCUUCUAUCUGUGUCGUACAACAGGACAACAAAUCGUCCACAAGCUCCGCACCACAGUCUAAAGCCAAUACGACUUUUCCUCCGACCGUAGAUAUCAGAAUAAGACCUAAAGGACCAACCAUCAGAUUAGACCCUCCACAAAAUCCGAUCACAUUUGCUCCUGACCCUAGCGAUGACAGUUCAUCAGAUGAUAGCAAUAGUUCCAAAGUAAUAGACCAUAAAACGUACGUCAUUGCUUCCAUUGCUGGUGUGGUUGGGCUAGGAUUCAUCAUCUGGAUUAUAUUCCUAAUAGUUGCCAAGUGUCCAAGAAAAAGGAACCGGGACCACAAGCCUAAACCACACCAGAGCAUGUUCGCCAAGAGGACUGGUAAGAAAAGGAAGAAGAAGAAGGUUUCAUUCCAAACGUCUGAAAGUAGAAUGUCUUGUCUAAGACAGCCCGAGAAGGAAGAGGUGAUCACUGAGAUUCCAGAGGUCUUCAGCGUGUCUAGUAACUGUAACGGCAUCGUGCCUGGGAUCACACCUUAUGAAAACAUGACUCUAAACCCAGCAUCAGAAACAAUUGUUUAGGUACAGGAUGUAAAUAAUGUAGAGAAUGCAUUUGAACCGGAUGACCAGGGACACGGAUUUGGAAGUACAACCACAACACGCUUACCAAUAUUUCGUACACGUUUAUCAACAGUGCUAUAUUGGGCAGUGUCAGUGCCAAAUGGAAUAAUGUUAUUACACCAGAUCUGUUUAGAUGGGCAAAUUAAUUAGAUUACAACGUAUACCCAAUGGGGUCGUCUCUUGUACAUGCAAUAAGCAAGGCUGCCGUGCGGUCUAGUGACUACUUUUCCCCGCCAUAAUUGUGCUGAGUAAUAUA